UCCCAUUUUUUUCUAGCCAUGGGAAGGGUAACGUUCCUGCAACUGUGGGCCUCCCUCGUCUUACUGUGUGGGGUCUGUAGGGCAGGCCCACUGGGCAAGAACUUUGUUACAGCCUUUAUGCAGAACUACAAGCUGACCUACAGCCAAGCGAACUUCCAAGUUUUCAUCACUGGGUACUCACCAUCCACCACUGUCACAGUAUGGUUGAACAAGUCUAGCUUUAAAAAAGUCUUGAACGUAGAUGAACGGUCCACCAUUUCGGUCCAGAUCCCUCCAAGUGCAGAGCUGCCAGGAGAGAGUAAGACCUGCAAUGUCGUUGUCAUCCAAGCAGACAAGGACAUCUCAGUGCUGUCCCUAAAUUACAAGUUACAAAGUGCCGAUGUCAGUCUUGUGUUUCCUGUCCAAGACUUGGGCACAGAGUAUUAUGCGGUGACUCCUUUGGGUGGUCCUGAUGAUGGAUUCAAGGAGUUCUCCGUCAUUAGUACAGAAGAACCUACCAACGUUGAUAUCUUCCUCACAGGAACUGUAAGAUAUCAAGGCAGUGUCUACCGAGCAGGAAGCAAGCUGACCGUACUGCUAGAAGCUUAUAAUGUUCUUCAACUUCUUAGCCAAGACGAUCUUUCAGGGAGCAGAAUAGUAUCUCAGAAACCCGUGGCUGUUCUGAGUGGCCACACGUGUACAUGGCAGAACACCAAGUGCAACCAUGUAUAUGAACAGCUCUUGCCAGUUUCUAGCUGGGGUACCACUUUUUUUGUGCCCCCAGUUUCUCUUCAGACAAGGCCCGACAUUGUCUUUGUGGUGGCUUCUCAGGCCACAAAGAUUGAUUAUCAAGUAAAUGCAAAAACAAAUUCUCAGAACCUAAAUGCAGGACAAGUGCUAAAGCUAGAUAUCCCAGUAAGAACACCAAUUUUCAUCCAAGCCAGCGCUGGAAUCCAAGUAACGUACUAUCUGACAGGCUGGCAAGACCGUUUUUUUACCCAGUUUGACCCUCUUCUGAUGAAUAUCCCACCCAUGAACAGCUAUUGCUCCUCCUACUACAUUUAUGGCCACCAAGAGUUUGAAAAUUACGGCACACUGCUUGUGAGAAGUGCAGACAUUUCUAAAGUGACCAUCAACAAAAAUCCAGCCGGAGACUUAUCAUGGAAUGAUAUUCCUGGUACUGAGUACUCAUGGUCAACCACAAGACUGACCAAGGGAUUCAGUUUCCAGCUUGUGGAGAACCCCUCGCCGUUUUUGCUGUUAUCAUAUGGUCUCACUAAACUAAAUAGUUAUGGAACCGCAGCUACUUGCAUCAAUGCUGUCCCAGUACCUUCCUGCAGCACAGUAAAAUGCAGAGCAAAAGAAAAAUGCACGAUGGAAAAUGGUAAACCCAAAUGCGUACCAGAGUUUGAGGCUUACUGCCACGCAGUUGGUGACCCUCAUUACCGCACCUUCGAUGGCCGUUUCUAUGACUUCCAAGGCACAUGCACCUAUACCAUCGCCAAGAACUGUGGCAGCGAUAGUGGUCUCACGGCUUUCAACAUCGAGGCCAAAAAUGAGAACCGAGGAUCAACUAGGGUCUCCUACAUCAGCUAUGUCACAGUAGAGGUGUAUGAUUUUACCAUAUCCUUAGUGAGAUACGAAUAUGGAUUUGUGAGGGUAAAUAACCAACGCCAGCGCCUUCCCAUAAAUCUGAACAAUGGCCAGGUCCGAUUAUAUCAUUCUGGAGCCUUUGUCAUCAUUGAAACUGAUUUCACAUUGAAAGUCUACUACGAUUGGAAUUCCAUCCUAAAAGUAUAUCUCUCCAGCAGCUAUUUUGGAAGCGUGUGCGGAAUGUGUGGUAACUUCAACGGAAACGCAGGAGAUGACCUGGUAACACCUGGAGGCACCCAAGCUCCCAAUUUGGUUGACUUUGGCAAGAGCUGGAAAGUUGAGGACGGAGACAGGUUCUGUUGGCAUAAUUGCAAUGGAGAAUGCAAAACCUGUCCUUUGGAAACUCAAAAAAAAUACGAGGCUGAAGGCAAUUGUGGACUCAUUUCCAAGGCAGAUGGUCCCUUCCGUCAAUGCCAUGCAGUCGUUAACCCCAAAACCUACCUGGAUGAUUGCGUUUACGACUUGUGCAUGAAUGGGGGCUCCAAACAGAUCCUAUGCCAGAGUAUAAAGACCUAUGCAGAAGCUUGCCAGAGAAACAAUGUUCAAAUUGGUGAAUGGAGACAACCAUCUGGGUGCCCGAUGCAGUGUCCCGAUAACAGUCAGUAUAAGUUGUGUGGCAGGUCUUGCCCCAAAACGUGUAACGAUGAAGCUACACCAAAGAUUUGCUCCAACACUUGUGUGGAAACGUGUGAGUGUAAAGAUGGCUUUGUGUUGGACGAAGGUAAAUGUGUCCCUGAGGCCAAGUGCGGCUGUAUUUACCAGGGCAAAUUGUAUGCCGCCAAUGAAAAGUUCUGGGGAGACAACAAAUGUGAGCAGCAAUGUGUUUGUAAUCCAAGCACCAGGAAAGUCGAGUGUAAGGCCACGCGGUGUAAGUCCUCCGAAAGGUGUGCUGUGGUCAAUGGCAUUCAAAACUGCUACCCGUUGACCUACGGCACCUGCUCAGCAUCUGGAGACCCCCAUUAUGUGACCUUCGAUGGGGUGAGAUAUGAUUUCCAGGGAACGUGCAUCUAUCAGUUUGCAGGAGUCUGCAAGAAGUCUGAAGACCUGAUAGACUUCCAGGUCAAUGUCCAGAAUGAGAACAGAGGCAGCAAAGUGGUGUCUUAUACCUCUGCCGUCCAGGUGAAAGUUUGCGAUUUUGACAUCGUCAUCGACAGACGUUACAAGGACAGGAUCUUGCUGAACGGCAUUUUGACUAAUCUCCCUUAUGUGGUUGACAAUGGCAAACUGUCCAUCUACAAGCAGGGCUUCCACGCAAUUGUUCAAACAAGCUUUGGGUUGAGAGUGACUUUUAACUGGGAAAGCUACAUCUCGGUCACCGUGCCUAGCACUUAUGCCGGAGCACUGUGUGGUCUUUGUGGCAAUUUUGAUGGCAAAACAGACAACGAAUUUACAAUGAAGAACAAUCAAGUUACUACAAAGCCGGUGAUUUUCGGUAAUAGCUGGAAGGUGCAAAAUGUCCCCGGAUGCUAUGAGGAAGAUAAGGGAGACUGCACCAAACUGGCAGAGCUGGAAUUACGACACAUUAAUAACAAGGAAGGAUGCGGCAUCAUUGUAGACAAGAGCGGGCCUUUCCGUGAGUGUCAUGCCAAAGUAGACCCUCAAGGCCACUUCAAGAGCUGCGUUUAUGAUGCUUGCUUCUAUGAGGGACGCCCAGAUGUUCUUUGCAAGAUCAUAGCCAGUUACGCGACUGCUUGCCAACAAGCUGGGGCUACCGUAUACCCAUGGAGAUCUGCCAAGUUCUGCAGUCCUGUCUGCGGUAAAAACAGUCACUAUGACGUUUGUGCAACAGGGUGCGCUCCAACCUGCCUCACACUUGCCCCCCCAUUGGGAUGUAACCCUGUAUGCUCAGAGGGUUGUGUCUGUGAUGAUGGUUUUAUCCUCAGCGGUGGUGAUUGUGUCCCCCUUGCACAGUGUGGGUGCAACUACAAGGACAAAUACUAUAAGUCUGGUGAAAUCUUUUACCCCAGUGGGCUGUGCAGUCAACAGUGUGUCUGUACCCCCAGUGGGGCUGUAGAGUGCAAAGCUUUCUCUUGUGGUCCCAAUGAGGAGUGCAAGGUGGUUGAUGGAGUCCAGAAGUGCCAACCUGUUGGUUCUGCCCAAUGUUCUGCAGCUGGAGAUCCUCAUUAUUUAUCUUUUGAUGGCCUUGCCUUUGACUUCCAAGGCACCUGCACCUACACUCUGUCCAAAACUGUCACAUCCAACCUUAAUUUAGAACCUUUUGAGAUCAGUGUGGAAAAUGAAAAGUAUGGCAAUGGACAAGUGUCAGUUACCAAAUUGGUUGCUCUUGAAGCCUAUGGCUAUAACCUCGUCCUUCAGUACAACAACCGUGGUCGAAUCCUGGUCAAUAGAGUCCUCCAUAACCUCCCUUUAAUCUUGGAAGAUGGAAAGAUCAGAGCCUAUCAACAUGGCCUGAGAGUCAACAUCGACACAGACUUUGGUGUUAAGGUCAGCUAUGAUCUGGUUUAUCAUGUAAUAGUCACGGUGCCAGGAAACUACAAGGGCCAGCUUGGAGGUCUGUGCGGUAAUUACAAUGGCGAUAGAAAAGAUGAGUUCCAACUUCCCGACAAGAAGUUAGCUCCUGAUGCCACCACUUUUGGAGCUGCCUGGAAAGUCAAGAUCCCUGGUGUCAGUUGUAAUGAUGGUUGUGGAGGUCCUGGCAAUCCAUGCCCAUCUUGCGAUGACAGACGAAAAGAAAUAUUCAAGACAGAGAACUAUUGUGGCUUCCUGAAGAAGAGCGGUGGUCCAUUGAGCGCUUGUUAUGCUGUCGUAAACCCCGAUCCUUAUUUCAACAGCUGCAUCUUUGACGUAUGCGCUAGUGAAGGGAAUGCUGCUAUUCUCUGCCAAAGCAUUCAGAGCUACGUGGCCGCCUGCCACGCAGCCGGUGUGACGAUCCAACCAUGGAGAACAGAAGCUUUCUGCCCUCUUAAAUGCCCCGCCAACAGCCAAUAUAAGGUCUGUGCCGAUGUCUGUUCCACGGGCUGUGCUGGAAUCACUGACCCCGACAAGUGUCCCACCAGUUGCUCUGAGGGCUGUGAGUGCGAUGAUGGAUUUUUCUUCGACGGACAGGGUUGCGUUUCAAUGGACAAGUGCGGCUGCUUUGAAAAUGGGAAAUACUACCAGCCAAAUGAGGAAGUCUUAUCUGAUGACUGCAAGGAGGUCUGCCAGUGUACCCCAGCUGGUGGUCUUGUUUGCCAGCAAACUGGAUGUGCCGCUGAUGAAAGAUGUCAGAUAAAAGAUGGGAUCGUCAAAUGCAUCAACAUAGAUCCAUGCAAAUCCGUUAAAUGUAGAACUAAGGAGACCUGCAAAGUUCAAAAUGGAAACGCAGUUUGUGUCCCUGAUUAUACCGGCACCUGCUGGGCCUGGGGUGACCCCCAUUAUCACACCUUUGAUGGUUAUAACUACGACUUCCAGGGCACUUGUACCUACAUUCUGUCCAAAUAUAUUGGGAACGAUGCCGGCUUGGUGCCGUUUACAGUGGAAGAGAAGAAUGAUAACAGAGGAAACCAAGUUGUGUCUUAUGUUAGAACUGUCAGUAUCUACGUAUACGGCUACAAGGUUUCAAUCCUGAAGGGUGAAUCUGGAAGAGUUAGGGUUAAUGAUGUCAUAACCAACUUACCAGUGACAUUGUUAGAUGGAAAGAUCUCUAUAAGCAUGAGUGGUCCCAACGCGGUGGUGCAUACAGAUUUUGGCCUUCAAGUAACAUAUGAAUAUAAUUGGCAUGUUGUGAUCACCUUGACCAGUAGCUAUUAUGGUGCUGUUGGUGGUCUCUGUGGAAACUUCAACCAAAAUGUCAAAGAUGAGUGGAUUGGAGUAGAUAACAAACCCGUCGCAUCCAUCAUAGACUGGGCCAAGAGCUGGAAAGUCAAUGACAGAGAUCCCUUCUGCUUUGACGUCUGUCAUGGAGUCUGCCCUACUUGUGAUGAGAGUAAAAAGAACCUGUAUGGAAGUAACGAGUUCUGUGGUCUCAUUAGCAAAGCUGUGGAUGGACCCUUCAGGGAAUGUCAUGCUAAAGUCAAUCCAGAUACCUUCUUUGACAGCUGUAUAUAUGAUGUGUGUAUUAAUGGUGGGGCCAAACAAUUCCUCUGCCAGGCUCUUGAUGCUUAUGCCAAAACUUGCCGGAAGCAAGGAGUUAAGAUUUAUGACUGGAGGACACCUUCUGGUUGUGUUCUACCAUGUCCAGCAAACAGUCAUUAUGAGUUCUGUGGAAAUGCUUGCCCAGCCAGUUGCACUGAUCGAACUGCCCCAGAUCGAUGUACAGAAGACUGCGUGGAGACUUGUCAGUGCAACAAUGGAUUUGUUCUCAGUGCUGAUAAGUGUGUCUCAGUUUCAAGCUGUGGUUGCAACUAUAACGGUGCAUAUUACCAACCCAACCAGGAAUUCUGGUCUGAUGACAACUGCCGUGUCCUCUGCAAAUGCGACCCAACCUUGGGCAUGGUGGUGUGUAAGGAAACCAGCUGCAAAUCAAGCGAGAAGUGCAUGGUGGUCGAUGGUGUCCGUGGGUGCCACCCUUUUAGCUUCUCUACCUGUUCUGCUUCUGGUGACCCACACUACACAACCUUUGAUGGGCAACGAUAUGACUUUAUGGGAACCUGUAUAUACCAGUUUGUUGGAGUUACCUCUAAAGACCCAUCUCUCACACAGUUCACCGUCAAAGUAGAAAAUAAUAACCGAGGGGACAAAGCUGUGUCCUAUACCAAGGUGGUCACUGUGGAGGUCUAUGGACUGACUUUGACCCUCAAUAUGGAUUAUCCACGUCGUAUUUUGAUCGAUGGGGUCACCAGUGCGUUGCCAUUCUAUUACCAAGCCAACAAAGUUAUGGUUUACAUCAGUGGUUAUCAAGGUGUCAUAAAGACAGACUUUGAUAUGACUGUGACCUAUGACUGGAGCAGCCAUGUAACAGUCACUCUACCGAGCACGUAUUCCAAUGCUGUGGCUGGUUUGUGUGGCAAUUAUAAUAAAAAUCCAAAGGACGAUUUAACCAUGAAGGACGGAAAGGUUACAACCAAUGUCGUGCAGUUUGGCAACAGCUGGAAGGUGGGUGAUGCCCCUGGAUGUACCCCAGAAUGCACUGGCAAAUGCCCACAAUGCACAGAGGCCCAGAAACAGGAGUACAAGAGUGAGAAGUACUGUGGAAUCAUCACCAAGCCCAACGGUCCAUUAAGUCAAUGUCUUUCGGUCGUUGACCCAACACCAUACUUCAGUGACUGCAUUUUUGACGCAUGCCAAUACAAAGGCCAUCCAUCAUCAUUCUGCAGCGCUAUCAGCCGCUAUGUGUUGGCCUGCCAAGGUGCCGGAGUGAAACUUCAAGAAUGGAGAUCAGCUUCCUUCUGCCCUCUAACCUGCCAUGCUAACAGUCACUAUGAGCUGUGCGGAGACAGCUGCCCCGUUACCUGUCACGGCCUCUCCUCACCUGCUGGCUGUGAGGCAACCUGCAAAGAAGGCUGUUACUGUGAUAAUGGAUAUAUCCUGAGUGGGCAUAAAUGUGUUCCCUUAUCACAGUGCGGCUGUAUCUACCAAGAAAAGUAUUAUCAGAAAAAUGAAGUUUUCUUCCCGAAAAACCAAUGCAACGAGAAAUGCCAGUGUUUGGAGAACGGCGUCGUGAAAUGCCAAGCUGAAGCAUGUGGACCAGAAGAAGAAUGUAAAGUUGUCAACGGUGUCCGUGGCUGCCAUCCAAAGGGUUGUGGUAAAUGCGUGGCAGCGGGAGAUCCUCACUAUACUUCUUUUGAUGGCCUCAACUUUGACUUCCAAGGAACAUGCACCUACACUUUUGCAAAGGUGGUGGAAGAUGACCCUCGGCUCGUGAAAUUCUCUGUGGUAGUGGAGAACGAGAGCUAUGGUGAUGGCAGAGUGGCCGUCACUAGGCUGGUGGUUGUUUCUGUGUACGGUUACACCAUAGCCAUUGAACGGGGGAUGAAGUGGAAAGUGAGGGUUGAUGGGGAGAUAUACAAAUUGCCAUUGCUCCUUGAAGACGGCGACAUCGCCAUAAACCAAGAAGGAAACAAUGUUGUCUUGCAGACCGACUUCGGAAUGAAGGUUCUUUAUGACACAGUCUACUAUGUAAUGAUCAACAUUCCCAGCACAUAUCGUGGCAAAGUGGGUGGCCUUUGCGGCAACUUUAACGGGGAUAAGAAUGAUGAGUUCCAGCUUCCUGACAAACGAGUCGUUAAGAAUGUGAAUGAGUUUGGGGCAUCUUGGAAAGUCAGCAUUAAAGGGGCGAAGUGCAGCGAUGGUUGCGGUGAUCAAUGCCCUGUGUGCGUUCCUGCCAAACUGGAGCCGUACAAGAAACCAACGUCAUGUGGCAUGAUCACUAACCCAGCUGGACCAUUUAAAGCCUGCCACUCAAAGAUCAGUCCAGUUGAAUACUUUAACAAUUGUAUUUACGAUGCGUGUGCUGUUGAUGGAAAAGAUGACAUCGUAUGUAAGAGCUUACAAGCUUAUGCAGCUGUCUGCCAUACUGCUGGAGUCACCAUUGCCGCCUGGAGAUCACCUACAUUCUGUCCUCUCUCGUGUCCAGCCAACAGCCAUUAUGAACUUUGUACUAAUACUUGUGGAAACACUUGUUCUGGAAUCAGCUCACCAACGAAAUGCACGGAUCGAUGCUUCGAGGGUUGCGAGUGUGACACAGGCUUUGUGUUUGAUGGCGACAAAUGUGUUCCCAUGGAAAAGUGUGGUUGCACAUUCAACGGAAGAUACCUGAGUGAUGGUGAAUCUUUUGUUAGUGUCGAUUGUAGCCUACAAUGUAAGUGUCAAGCUGGAGGUGUGAUCUGCAAGGCCGUAUCAUGUGGUGCCAAGGAGCAGUGCGGCGUUGUUAAUGGCGUUCGAGGCUGUUACAAGGCGGAAGGAGAAUGCCAGCUAAGUCCCCAGAAGUUUGUGACUUUCGAUGGCCUUUCGGGCGGACCUGUUGGAAAUGGACCAUUCGAAGUAGCGUCUCUGUGUAACGCUGACUCGGAUUCAUGGUUCAGAAUCGUAGCCGACAUUCAGAAAUGUGGAACCGUAUCAUCGGUGUCUAGGCUUCACAUCUUCCUUCGUAAUGCCUUUGUGACCGUGUCCAAAGAUAAGGAGGCUUGGUUCAAUGGCCGUUCCAUAAGCUUACCAGCCGAGGUAUCAGACUAUUUAACUGCAAGCACGAGGGAAGACGCCGUGUUGAUUCAGAUCGGAUCUUCCUUGAAGAUAGAGUUGAGCAAUAAAGGAGUAUUAGUACUGCGUGCAUCCGAGGGCUUGUCCAAGGCUCUAUGCGGGGCAUGUGGAAACUUCAACGGAGAUGAGACCGAUGACCUUCUGACUCCAGGAGGAAAGCAAGCUUCCAACAUUCUGCAGGUCAUAGCAUCUUGGAGAGCUUGGGAUUUUUACGGCUGUGAUGCCUGAAAAGGUAAUUUACCAAAAAGAUGAAGUAUCUGCCACUUGAACUAACUUUCCCUGAAAAUCACAACAUACAAAUACCCAACGUACUCUUCAUGGAAGACUGCCCAUAACGAAUCUCAACUUCUUUACACCGUCUCAUCCACUAAAGAUGAUGGAGCACUUCUACAUUAAUGUCAUUGUUAGAAAAAUAUAUCCCAAGAUACUUUGUCACUGACCGUUUCUCAGAAAGUUAUUCUGUUAUUGAACCUUCAUACCCCAUUCCCCUUAAUACCCCAUCCUCCUUAAUACCCCAUCCUCCUUAAUACCCCAUCCUCCUUAUUACACAUCAAGCAAUACAUUUCUAUACAACCGUAUGUCUGGUUUUGACCAGUAGAAUUUUUUACUCAUAGUAUAAAGGCAUUUUGUAAUAAAAUUAGAUAUUUUAAUACCCCUUUCCAUAUGUUAACACACUUAAAAAUACACAUUGCAAAAAUGCAAUGAAGAUGAACAAAAUUGAGUAGUUUUUACACUUUUUUAUAAUUUCCGAGUGUUGACCUUCCCAGUGUUCAUUUUUGGCUACCAGAAUUAAAUGGUUGAAUAUUGGUGAAUCAUGUUUUUUACUUUUUUUUUGGAUGUGUGGAACGGGUAUAGAAAAAUUUUACAUAAAAAAUGAAAAUUAAAAUCCAGACAAAAUCUGGCAAAAAAAAAAAAAAGAAUAUUCCAGAAAAUGUUUACACGAUCCCAUAACAUGAUCACACGAUAGGUCCGAGUAAGUAUUUUCUUGGCACUCCUAGGCUAACAUUGUAAUAUGCAGCUCUAAACUCUAACUUCUCACUAGGAACGCAAAAUUUAAGGGAACAUUUUUAAGUCAAAUCAAUCUGAAAACAGAAAAAAUUGAAUGUAUAACUGCCACUGACUAUUUCAUGUAAUAAAUGAUGUGCAUGGG